UUGAUGUCCGUGAAUGCAGCAGUCAGAAUCGAGGACAUGGGACCGUGAAAGUAUGGCGGAUGCCGAGGAGCCGGAGAAGAAAAGAAGGCGAAUAGAGGACCCGACUGAGAAGUUAGUGACGAAUGCUAAAUAAAGAAUGGCUGUUGACGGUGGACACAAAGAUGGCAGUUGCGACUGGGAUGGCCGCUGGAAUCAUGUAAGGAAGUUCUUGGAGAGACCGGGCCCGUUCACCCAUCCUGACUUUGAACCAAGCACUGAGUCUCUGCAGUUUUUGUUGGAGACUUGCAAGAUUCUGGUUAUUGGUGCUGGAGGACUUGGAUGUGAACUUCUUAAAAACCUGGCCCUGUCAGGAUUUCGUCUUAUCCAUGUGGUUGAUAUGGACACAAUUGAUGUGUCCAACCUCAACAGGCAGUUUCUUUUCAGGCCCAAAGAUGUUGGAAGACCAAAAGCAGAAGUGGCUGCCGACUUUAUCAACAGUCGCGUCCCAGGAUGCAAAGUAGUCCCUUACUUUAAAAAGAUCCAGGACUUUGAUGAGUCUUUCUACAGGCAAUUUCAUAUUAUUGUCUGUGGACUGGACUCCAUCAUCGCCAGACGCUGGAUGAACGGCAUGCUGAUUUCCCUCUUAAGCUAUGAAGAUGGAGUCCUGGAUCCCAGUUCCAUCAUCCCCCUCAUUGAUGGAGGGACAGAAGGCUUUAAAGGAAAUGCACGUGUCAUUCUGCCAGGCAUGACUGCAUGUAUUGAUUGCACAUUGGAACUGUACCCACCACAGAUAAAUUUCCCCAUGUGCACCAUCGCAUCAAUGCCGAGGCUACCAGAACACUGCAUCGAAUAUGCCAGAAUCUUACAGUGGCCCAAAGAGAAGCCUUUUGGAGAUACGAGUUUAGACGGAGACAAUCCCGAACACAUCCAGUGGGUGUUUGAAAGAUCCCAAGAAAGAGCAGCACAGUUCAACAUCACAGGAGUGACAUACAGACUCACUCAAGGAGUUGUGAAGAGGAUCAUUCCUGCUGUGGCAUCAACAAACGCUGUUAUUGCUGCUGCCUGCGCAACAGAAGUUUUUAAAAUAGCUACAAGUGCAUAUAUUCCUUUAAAUAAUUACCUGGUCUUUAAUGACGUGGAUGGAUUGUACACCUACACAUUUGAAGCUGAGAGAAAGGAAAAUUGUUCAGCAUGCAGCCAAGUACCUCAGGAUCUCCAGUUCUCUCCAUCUGCCAAAUUACAGGAGGUUUUAGAGUACUUGACAGAGACUGCUUCCCUGCAAAUGAAAUCUCCUGCUAUCACCACAACUCUGGAAGGAAAGAAUAAAACUCUGUAUCUGCAGUCGGUUAAAUCCAUCGAAGAGCGUACCAGGCCAAACCUCUGCAAAACUUUAAAAGAGCUGGGGUUGUCGGAUGGCCAGGAAAUAGCUGUAGCCGAUGUCACCACACCUCAGACGGUUCUCUUCAAGCUCAAUUUCACCACUUGAACAGAAAACAAAGAGCACCGACGCAUCUGGUCACAGUGUUGCUGGGAUGUAACACAUUUGAUAUUAUAAUGUAAAUAUGAUGAGGACGGUGUUAUUUCUGAGACAGGAUGUCGUAUGAACAUUGAAUCAUUUAAUAAUGUUGAUUUGAUUUGUUUCUUUUCUGUUGGUAACCUUGUUUGUGUUUUUGUCCUGUGCUGACUUAUACCCUUGUUGUUCUCAGUUCCCAUUUCAAUUGAGAAUAAUUAUGUGCACUCUGCUAUGAUAAAGCUUUAUUAUCAUUA